UGUGGGUGAGAUAUAGGAGCACAUCUGAGGACUUGAAGGAAAACUUGCUGCCGAGGACAUUUUGAAGGUUUUGUUGGCUGGAAGAGGUGUUUCUGGAAUCCCACUCCUAGAUCUUUCUUGAAGAUUCGAAAAGAAUUAAAUUAGGGCCAUGGGGACACAGAAGGUUACCGCAUCUCUGAUCUUUGCCAUCAGCGUUGCUACAAUAGGCUCUUUCCAGUUUGGCUACAACACUGGAGUCAUCAAUGCUCCUGAGAUGAUCAUAAAGGACUUCCUCAAUUACAGUUUGGAAGAGAGGUUAGAAGACCCUCCCACUGAGAUGUUACUCACGUCUCUCUGGUCCUUGUCUGUGGCCAUCUUCUCCGUUGGUGGUAUGAUUGGCUCCUUUUCCGUUGGACUCUUCGUCAACCGCUUUGGCAGGCGCAAUUCAAUGCUUAUUGCCAACCUGUUGGCUGUCGCUGGUGGCUGCCUUAUGGGGUUCUGCAAAGUAGCGGAGUCAUUUGAAAUGCUGAUUCUGGGCCGAUUGGUUAUUGGCCUCUUCUGCGGCCUCUGUACAGGUUUUGUGCCCAUGUACAUUGGAGAGAUAUCUCCUACUGCCCUACGGGGGGCCUUUGGCACUCUCAACCAGCUGGGCAUCGUCAUCGGGAUUCUGGUGGCCCAGAUCUUUGGUCUGAAAGUCAUCUUGGGAACUGAAAAGCUUUGGCCCCUGCUAUUGGCCUUCACCAUCAUUCCAGCUAUCCUACAAAGUGCGGCCCUUCCGUUUUGCCCCGAAAGUCCUAGAUUCUUGCUCAUUAACAGAAAGGAAGAGGAGGGUACUAAGAAGAUCCUCCAGCGAUUGUGGGGCACUCAGGAUGUGACUCAGGACAUCCAGGAGAUGAAAGAUGAGAGUGUUAGGAUGGCACAGGAAAAGCAAGUCACUGUGCUGGAGCUCUUUAGAGCACCCAACUACCUGCAGCCCAUCAUCAUUGCCAUCAUGCUCCAGCUCUCUCAGCAGCUCUCUGGAAUCAAUGCUGUUUUCUAUUACUCAACAGGAAUCUUCAAAGAUGCAGGUGUUCAGGAGCCAAUUUAUGCCACUAUUGGUGCAGGAGUGGUUAAUACUGUCUUCACUGUAGUUUCUCUAUUCCUGGUGGAUAGGGCAGGGAGGAGGACGCUACACAUGAUAGGCCUUGGAGGGAUGGCUUCUUGUUCUAUCGUCAUGACCGUUUCACUGUUACUAAAGGACGACUAUCAUUGGAUGAGCUUUGUCUGUAUUGGGGCUAUCUUGAUCUUCGUGGCCUUCUUUGAAAUUGGCCCAGGCCCCAUUCCCUGGUUUAUUGUGGCCGAACUCUUCAGCCAGGGACCCCGCCCAGCUGCAGUGGCAGUGGCUGGUUGUUCCAACUGGACCUCCAACUUUCUGGUUGGACUGCUCUUCCCCUCAGCUGCGUUCUAUUUGGGAGCCUACGUUUUUCUUGUCUUCUCCGGCUUCCUUGUUAUCUUCUUGGUCUUCACCUUCUUCAAAGUCCCUGAGACCCGUGGCAGGACUUUUGAGGAAAUUACACGAGCCUUUGAAGGGCAGACCCGGGAGGCCAAUAGAGCUGAGAAAGGCCCCAUGGUGGAGAUGAACAGCAUCCAGCCUGUAAAGGAGACCACCACCAAUGUCUAAGCCAUGCCUGCUUCCCGCCUCCCUCCCAACAUGAAAAAGCAACCUCUCCCUGAAUGAGGGAGAGACCUCAUCAGGUUGUAACCCAGGACUGUUUCUGAAUGCUGCUACUUGAUUCCUUUCUCAUCCCACACACUCCAUGAGCGCUCAGAGGAACCCAAUGCUGAGGUUAGUUGUAUAUUCAAUGGCUUUUUAAACAUUUCAUUUCUUGGACAUUCUCUUCUGUUUAGGAGAGACCAAGUGAACCUACCUUCAUUCCAGGAGGGAUUGGCCACUUGGCAUGUGACAGCUUUGCCAGCUCUUCCUCCCUUAGGUUCUAAUAUUGCCUCAUGAGGGCACAUAAGGGAGUGAGAGUGAGGGUACAAUUCCUCCAACCUCAGACUUACCAGGAAGCAAAUAUACAUGAGUGUGGAGGGCAGAGAAGGAUUAAAUAAGAGCACCUUCCUCCCUUCCAUACAGCUCUGCAGAGCAAAUUAACUUGAGUUUUAUUUAUUUUAUCUUCUGGUUUUACUGCAUAAAUAUUUAUUUUUUUAAGUGUAAAGUAAUUUUACCAAAUAAUGAAAACAUAAGGAAAUUGAGGUUAGAGGGAGGUGCUUAAAGAGAGGUUAUAGGAUGGAAGAUUUGAUACUGGAGAGGUUAAGGUGCAAUUACAAGGGAAGAAUUCAGGGAGAAAUGUAAUGCGUUAUUGGAGGGUAUAUGAUGUGGUGUGUGAGGUUUGCACUUUGCCUCUUAAGAAUUUCUGUCCUUCAAAUGGAAAUUCUCAAGUUUAAUUUCUCAGAAAAGUCAUGUGCCUGUAUAAAGAAGCUAUUGGUUUCCUUUGGAACUUUUUUCUUUGUUUAAGAUUAUAUGUAGUAUUACUUGGAAUCCAGGAUUAUUACUAAGAUGGGCAUUGUCGUUAAUGGUUGAUGGGUUCUAAUUUUGGAUACAGUCCAGAGAAAGGAAGGUUAUUUCUAGAAAUCUUCUCUCCCCUCACUGGACCAGACAACUUCUUUUCCUUGUAGUGGACUCAGUUUUUUUUUUAAGUACUCCUACCACCCAUCUGGUGGCAAAGCCCUCCAAAUGAGCAACCUAAAAUAUUGGUUCUUGGUAGAGGUUUGUUGUUUCU